GGCUCUGGCUUUUGCUAUGCUUUUUCGUUUCCUGUUUACUCCCGCCGAUCGUGUCGUUGUGUCUUUUCAAUCUUGUUCAGAUUCAUUGCACUUAAACUUUUUCGCAAAAUAUUUGAAAAUCCCUGUAUAAUAGUAAAAUUCUUUAAAAGUGAUGCCGGUACGUUAAAUGCGAUUCGGUAUUAUAGAGUAAACCUGAAAGCUUCUGACAAAAUGUCGGAAUCGUUUACGAUUCAAGUAGCCGAUUCUCUUCGGAGAUUCGAGCCGAAUUCCCCAAGAUCAUCACCAAGAGGAAAUCGCAGUCCAGUUGUUCCCAGACAGCAAGAUUCCACUGGAACCUUAAAAACCACCAUCUCGUUGGGCAAAACCCCAACUAUUGUUCACACAGGGCCAUUUUACCUUCACAAAGAAUUACCAGGAGAUGCUGACCUCACGGGAGCAACAAACCUGAUGGCUCACUAUAAUCUGGAGCAUUCUUACAACAAAUUUAGUGGCAAAAAAUUCAAGGAUUCACUAUCAUCCUUCUUACCUGGUUUACCUGGCAUGAUUGACACACCUGGCAAUACUGAUAACUCCUCUUUAAGAUCCAUUAUCGAAAAGCCUCCAAUUGGUGGGAAGGACUUGGCUUUUCUGAAUUCCUCACAACUUGCAGGAUUCCGCCUUCAUCCAGGGCCGUUACCUGAGCAAUACCAGACUUCAUCUCAGGCUCCUCAAAAGAAGAAGCAGAAACACAAAAAACACAAAAAGAGCAGCGAAAUACCGGCUCAAGAGAUCGGGACUGGACAAGUUGGACCGGGAGUUGGCGUCGUGGGAGAAAGUGGAGCCGGCUCUGGUGGCGAAUCGUACGAAAAGAAGCAUAAAAAGCAAAAGCGGCACGAAGACGAAAAAGAUCGCAAGAAGAAGAAAAAGGAGAAAAAGAAAAAGAAACAAAAACACAGUCCAGAACACCCAGGGGCGUCAGCCUCAUUAGCUACAAAUUCGAACAGCAAUCCACCAGGAAUGAUGCCUCUCCUUUAACAACAGUUCUCGUCACUUUGAUUUAUUUCGAAUUUCGCUGCUUCAUUCGAGAGUAUAAAUAAAAUUCCAUACAAU